GUUAAAGUUACCCUUUUACUAUUCUGUUUGGGUUUGGUUUGAAUGUUGUUUUACGCUUUUAAACUAGUUAGUUGUUAUUGAUCGUGAUGUAACCAUGAGUUUACAGUUUUCUUCGUUCAAAGAGCUACAACAUUUCAUUGUUGAAAAAGAAAAACGAGAGUUGAUUCAGUUGACAAUUAGAGAUUCUAGAACUAUAGCUGCAUCAAGGAAGAAAGGGAUAAAACGGUUUAUGAAAAGUGAGUUGGUAUAUUACAGUAUCAAUUAUGUGUGUAUUCAUGGAGGUGUGCUCAAAAGUAAAUCCAAGGGGCUUCGACCAAAACAGAGCACCUACAAACAAGAAUGUCCAUUUAUUAUGGGCUUCAGGGUUUCUUCUGACGGCAGAACUUUGGAUUUGAUAUCCAGCGUUGAUGAGCACAACCAUGAUCGAAAUAAGGAGACUUAUUCACUUCUACCACGACAACGGCAGCUAAAUACAAAAUCUCAAGAAAUGGUGAACCAUAUGCUAAAAUUGAGAGUCGACAAGAGAACACUACAAGCUAAGCUUCUACCCUCAAAGAAAAGGCUGACGAAAGACCUACACAACGACGAUACGGAGAAUGAUUUAGGUCACAAUCUUCAGGAUACCUUAAACUAUCUUGAAAGCCAAGAUGGAAAUAUAAUUAAAAUUUUUAUUAAUGAAGAAAACCAAUUUUUGGGAUUAUUUUAUCAGGACAUUGAAAUGCAAAGGACAUACUCAACUUAUCCUGAAAUUUUGUUUGUUGAUGUUAUUGAUAGUGUGUCAAAUUUACAAACUCCAUUGUACAUUAUUCUCGUUGAGGACAGCAAUGGAGACCCGGAAAUCGUAGCUUUUAUGCUACUUGCUUCAGAGGAUGCCUUCACCGUUGAGAAGAUGGUUGAGGUUUUUAAGAAGUGCAACCCUGCAUGGAAAAAUACAUUAACAAUCAUGAUUGAUAAGGACUUCCAAGAAAGAGAGACUUUUAAAAAAGGGUUUAAAAAUGCAGAACUGUUGAUUAGUACUUUCCACACCUUGAGGUCCUUCAAAAGAGAAAUUACCUGUGAUAAAAUGGGAAUUUCUAGUGGAGAAAAAAUGCUGUACCAUGAGUAUGCACGGAAACUGACGCAUUCUAAAAAUGAGCAGGAAUACAAUUCCAUCUACGAUGAGAUCAAGAGGUUUAAACUUACCAAGUUUAUUAAUUAUUUUGAGAAAAAUUGGCAUCCAAUAAAAGAGAAAUGGGUCCCAGCUCUUCAAAUUGCUUCUACUUUUGGAAACAUAACAAAUAAUGGAUUGGAAUCAAUCAAUUCUAAAGUCAUGCAGGUUGUUCAGAGACAUCCAAUGCUUCCAGAUCUAUUCCAAAAUCUAGACUGCUUGUUGCUGAACUUAAGAGCAGAGAAGUGUGCAAAGGCUGCUAAAUUUAAUGUGAAAGUGCCUUUAAAUGUUACACUUGCACAUGCAGAUCAGAGUCAUUACUUGCAGAUUCUAACACCAUAUGCCUUUGUUUUAGUGAAUGAUAAAUUUGCUCUCAUGAAUAAAGUCAAAAUAAUUGCUGAAAUGUCAACAGGUGAAUUUCUCAUUGCUUCGUCACGAGGUGUUCUAACUACUUCAAAAAGUAAAUGUAGCUGCAGAUUCUUCUGCUCCUACAAUUUACCCUGCCACCACAUCUUGUACGUUAGACAAAAAGAAGGCUUACCCCUCUUCGACAGCAUUCUCGUCCCUACACGAUGGACUAGAGAAUUCUACCUGAAAAAUAGUCGUUUGAUGUUAACAGACACUACCAGUUGUCAUGAAGAGAUUGUUGAUAGAGAAUUGUCUGAAACUUUAGAGGAAGUUUUGUCACCAAGCGACAAGGACUGCAUUGUCACUUUGAAAAUUGAAAAGAUUGCCUCUCUCGCCCUGGAGGCAUCUAGUAGUCUGUUUCCCCAAAGGAUAAAAGUCUUAAAUGACAUUAUUAGACUUUGGGAACAGGAUAAAGAAGUUGCUGUGAUGGAGGUUGAAAGUUAA